AUGGUAGUUAUAAUGAAUAAGAUUAAUGAUAAUUGUCAAACAGCAAGAAUUAUUCAAUGGCUUGGUGGUGAACGUGCAGUUGAUGUACCAAAUGAUUUUGAUAUUACACCGUUAUCUAAAGAAGAUCUUGUUGAUCAUGAAAUAGUUUCAUCAAAAGUAGAAUGUAUUGAAUUACUUCGUGUUGCACCAAUCAACAAACAUGUUACUACAACAUUUAAACGAGCCUGUUUACUUCAUCGUAGUCUAAAUCGAUUAUCGCCCGAUGCACAAACAUCGGAUGAAGCUUAUUGUACUUUAUCGUCUCAUCAUAGUAUACAAAAUAAUCAUACAAAUAAUUUAAUACGUAAAGGAUCAACGAGUGAUAGUAGUAGUUUAUCAACUACAACACCUAUUUGUACAUCAUCACCAAUUUUAUCAAUAUCAAUUGAUGAUAUUUAUAAUACAUUAGAUCAUACAAAAAAUUCAAUUAAAAUGAAUGAAAAUCCAAUUAAAGAAAAUUUUAGUCUUUUAAAUGAAAUAGCUCAACAAAAUGGUCAUUUAUUACCAAUGAUAAUAAAUAAUCAAGAUCAUUCAAUCGAAUUAACUCGUGAAAUUAUUAAUAAUAGUGAACAAGAUUUUAAAGAUAUGGUUGAAGAAUUUAUUCAAUUACUUGAAAAAAAAUUAUCUGAUACUGAAAUGACGAUAUUUGAUACGAAUACAAUAAGACCUUCAUCUCCAUCAUUAUUUGAUAUGCUUAAUGAUCUUAAAACAUGUUUAACAUCAUUACGUCGUACAGAAAUAGAAAGUCUUUUAGAUGUAUUUGAUAAUAUUCUUAAAUUACAUUGUUAUCCAUCGGCAUUACCAGAAAAUGAUCAAACAAUUAUUAAUAAUAUUGAAUCUAAUGAUGAAUUAUUAAAAUUAUCACAAUAUGCUAUUGAUAAAUUAAAAAUAGUUAAAAUAGAAAAAAAUCAUCAACCAUUAGGUUUAACAAUAUCUCGUACUGAUUCAGGUACAAUUUAUAUAGCACGUAUUGUUGUUGGUGGUAUAGCAGCAAGUACAGAACUUUUUCAAAUAAAUGAUCGUAUACUUGAAAUAAAUGAUCAACCAAUAACAGGUCAUUCACUUGAUUAUAUUUGUACAUUAAUAUCAAAUAUAAAUGGUUUAAUUAAAUUUCUUCUUGCACCACCAAUUAAUUUAAAUCAUAUAUCAUAUCAUACAUUUCAUGUACGAGCAUUAUUUUCUUAUGAUCCAUUUAAUGAUCCAUUAUUACCAUGUAAAGAUAUUGGUUUAACAUUUCAACGUGGUAAUAUAUUACGUAUUGUUGCAUAUGAUGAAAAUUUUUUAAAUAGAAAUGAUUCAUAUACUAGUUGGUGGCAAGCAUAUCAUGAAAAUUCUUAUGAAAAAGAAACUAAUAUAUGUUUAGCUGGUCUUAUACCAUCGGAUAAUUUACAACAAAAACGUGCUAAUUUAUUUAAAAUUAUAUCUGAUGAUAUAGAUUCAAUAUCAACAUCAACAUCAUCAUCAUCAUCUAAUAAUAGUAAAAAGAAAAAACGUAAAACUUGUUUUACUUGUGUUAAUUCAAAACAAGAACGAAAAUCUUUACAAAUAGCUUAUAAUAAUAUAACAUUUAUUCGUGAUAAUGAUGAUAAAGAAACACCAACUAUAAGAACAUCAACAAAUCAUUUUUCAUUAACAGAUACAAGAAAAUUUGGUGAUGAACAACCUUCAAUAACAUUAAGAAGAUUUUCAGAUAAGAAUAAAGAUAUACCAAUUGAUUGUUUUCGUUUUUAUGAACUUGUCUUUCGACUUGAUCUUUUGACACAACAAAUCACACGACCUAUUGUUUUAUUAGGCGCACCAAAUGUUGGUCGACAUGAAUUACGUCGUCGUCUUUUACAAACAGAACCAAAUCUUUUUGAUGUUGCUAUACCUCAUACAACACGUGCUCGUCGUUUACAAGAAACUCCUGAUAUUGAUUAUCAUUUUGUUUCUGAAGCUGAUUUUUUAGCUAAAGUUGCAUGUCAUUCAUUUAUUGAAUUUGGUCAAUAUGAUCAUGAUUUAUAUGGUACAUCAAUUGAUGAUAUUCGACAAAUUGUUGAAAUAAAACGAAAAAUUUGUAUAUUAAAUUUAAAUCCAGAAACAAUACGAACAUUUAAUAAAACAAAUCUUUAUCCAUAUAUAAUAUGUAUUGCUGCACCAUCACUUGAACGUCUUAAACGUUUAGAACUUGAUCGUCGUGAAUAUUUAACUGAUAAAGAUUAUCGUGAAAUUAUACGUAAAAGUCGAUCUAUUGAAAGACGUCAUCAUUUAUUAUUUGAUCAAAUUUUAAUUAAUAAUGAUUUAGAUCGAACUUAUUUAGAAUUACGUGAUUUAAUUGUACGAAUACAACAUGAUAAUCAACAAUGGAUACGAACAUGUUAUCAACGAUGA